AUGCCCGUGGACCCAGAAAAGUUAGCCAAGUUGCAAAAGUCCACAGCCAAGAAGGUUGGAGGAUCUAGGGUCAAAGCCAAGAAGGGAGUGAAGACCGAACAGGACGACACCAAGUUGAUCGAAACCUUGGGAAAAUUGAAAGCCACCAAGAUCGAGGGAGUCGAAGAGGCUAAUUUCUUCAAAGACGAUGGAAAAGUUUUACACUUCAACAGGGUUGGCGUUCAAGGUGCCCCAGCUUCAAACACUUUUGCUUUCACGGGAUACCCUCAAGAAAAGAACAUUACCCAGUUGAUUCCACAAAUCUUACCACAAUUGGGUGCUGAGAACUUGGAAAUCUUGAGGCAAUUGGCCGAGCAAAUCCAAGCUGGCAAGAAUCCUAAGGACUUUGGAACUGGUGCUGGAGAAUCCACAGGAACUGCUGAGGAGGGCAACGACGAUAUCCCUGACUUGGUUGACCAAAAGUUUGAUGACGUUGAGUAA